AUGUAUACUCUCUAAGUGUGUCUUGUGUUUUGCAGAAAUCCCGGAUUUUUUGUCAGAGGACGAGUGCCGGGUGGUGAUGCAGCUCGCUCAGCUGAAGGGUCUGAUGGAGAGUCAGCUGAUGGUGCAAGAAGGUCAAGAAGAGCUUGCAAAAGAGCUUGACCUGAGUCCAGAGGAGAUCUUUAACCUUCUUGAUAUCAACCAGGAUGAACAGCUGCAGCUUCAUGAGAUACUGACUCAUUCCAGAGUGAGGGAUGGAAUAUGGCUAACUCCUGAGAACCUGCAAGAAAUUUAUGAGGGGCUCAAAGCAGACAAGGAUGGUGACGGUUUGCUGAGCCUGGAGGAGUUCCGGCUCCUGAGCAGCGAUGCCUUUCAGCGCUUUCUGCUGCAGAGAGGAGUGAAAAGGAGUCAGCUCGUUCGGAACAGUCGGCACACCUGGCUGUAUCAGGGCAAGGGAGCCCAUCGGGUCCUCCAGGAAAUCAAGGAGAGGGUGACUCGCCUCACCCGGCUCCCAUCGGCAUUAGUAGAUCUGAGUGAGCCGCUUCAGGUGGUUCGAUAUGAGGAGGGGGGGCACUACCAUGCCCACCAUGACAGCGGGCCUGUCUACCCUGAAACGGCAUGCACACACACACGUCUUGCAGCAAACACCUCAACUCCUUUUGAGACCUCUUGCAGGUACAUCACAGUUCUCUUCUACCUGAAUUCUGUUGAUGGGGGCGGGGAGACCGCAUUCCCUGUGGCAGACAACAGGACCUAUGAUGAAGUGUCUCUGAUACAGAAUGAUGUGGAUCUGAUGGACACCAGAAGAAACUGUGGCAAGAGCAACCUAAGAGUGAAACCCACCAAAGGAAUGGCUGUUUUCUGGUACAACUACCUCUCGGAUGGAAAAGGCUGGGUUGGAGAGCAGGAUGAAUAUGCUCUGCAUGGAGGCUGUGUGGUCACCCGCGGGACUAAGUGGGUAGCCAAUAAAUGGAUCAAUGUUGAUCCAGAUUACCAGCGGCAGGCUCGCUUCCAACAGCUGGUUACACAGCUGCCAGAUGAAGACAACGACGAAGAUCUUAUUUUAAAUGCAGACGCGCAGAAUCCCAGCAUCCAUCAGGACCUGUAGCUCCUACACCAACACAAUCAUGUUUCACAACAAAAUCAUCCUUGUCUUCCUCAAUCCAGUGCACAGAUUUUUUGGAUGAGUUUGCGGAAUCAUAGUUUAUUCAGGGAAUGAGUUCACAAUGGGAAAUAGAUGCCUUUGUAGCAACAGUAUAUUUUGUUUGCUGUUGCACUAGCCCCCCGGGGAACAGUUGUAAUUUUCCGAAUGUUUCAAAUUGUGUAAGAUUUAGUGAUAUCUAGUGGCAAAAUUUUCAAGUGCAUGCUUUUGAAUUUUCCCGUUCCGAAUCUCAUCUUCCAGACCUGCAGGGUAAUGUUCACAGCAGCCAAAAAAAAAAUAAUCAUAAAAAUCAGUCAGUGUUUGUCUGUUCCUCUAUAAACUCUAGAAACCUGCAAAAAAAUCUGUAAAAACAUUGCAUUCUUUAAUUAUAGCACAGCAUUUCCUACCCUAAAGUUAUAUAUUGCCUUUAUGCCAGUAGAUUCCUCUAAAUGUUACACACCUAAACAUUUUUGCAUGUAUAAUCUAAACGGUUUUGCUGUUGUGACGAGCAAACCUUUGCACUACAAUACUGCGACAGCUGCCGUUACCAAAAGAAGCUCAUGCCUCUCGGUGUGAUGCAUGAUGCCUUGUCUUUGUCUCUUCAGUACAAUGAUACUGUUUUUUUCUAGAAUGCACAAUGAAUGAAAAUGCACAUGAUGUUCAGAGUUCUUUUUAUUCAUUUAUUUAUUUAUUAAAUUAUCAAUGAAAAUGCACUCUUUCAGUGUUCCUGCACAAAGU